AUGUACCAGUACACACCAUUCUCUGUCUCCGUGUCCGUUUACUCCCCUGCUACGCUUGCAUCUUCUGCUGCCAUCUUGACUCAGGCACUGGCCGUGAAAGAUGCUAAGGUAUGGGUUGAGAAUCGAGAUUUCUUCAGCGAACCGUGGGUAGUUGCAGACUCGGACUCUCUUGGCUUUCUCCAGUCUCGAGGCUGCCCCAGCAAGGAUUUGCCGAGAAACGUCCAGGAGUUCAGGACCCCCAUGAAUCCCACGCUUCGAGACUUGGCCCAAUUCGGCUCCGGCCCCACUGCGGCCCAGGACCCGGACCUCAACCAGUGUCCUAAUCGGGCAAAAGGGCGGCGCUCACGGCCUGGCGAGUGCCAUUUGACAGUCGAGCUAGCAAAUGGGACUAUCUCCUAA